CCUCGUCCUUCUAUUUUGACAGCAGUGUGGGUUGUUAACAGGACUUGGUGUGGUCCUGUCCACCGUGCUUGGUUCCCUUUGGGGAGUGCUGCGCACAAACAAGACAGCUGGAACAAAAGUUUUGGACAAAGCGGUCCAUGAAGCUUGCCUCUGGCAAUGGCCUGGAUGGAGUUACUGUGAGUACCGUUAUCAACCAACAUGAGGACAAAAGACAGGAAGGUGUUGAGCCCACUGUUAUCACUCAUAAUCCGGUUCCAGUUGUGAACUGUCUUUAGUGAUGUUUCUUUAACCCAGUCUGCCACUGCGAGUAAGCCUGAAAGGCUGGGCCAGGCCAGCACUGAAAGCAUGCCUAGACUGCUCAUGCAGUCCUCCACCAGCGAGCUGCUCACAUGCCUGGGUGCGUUCUUGUGGCGGCGUUGCUGCCUGCUGAAGGACCUGACUACUGACGAGCCUGUGCAGUGGCUGCGCAUUGUGGACCGCUACGUGACACUGACAGAAUGGCAGGAGCAAAGCUUCCUCAUUCCAGGCACCGUGGUCUUUCUCUUCAUGCUGUGCCGUGACAUCAUUUCAGCUGAGGUGGCCACCAAGGAGGAGCUGCAGGCCGUGCUGCUCACAUGCUUGUAUGUGUCUUGCUCCUACAUGUGUGAGGAGAUCAGCUACCCAGCCAAAGCUUUCCUGGUGGAGGAAAACAAAGGGGCCUUCUGGGCCCGAUCCCUGGACAUUGCUAACCGCAUGAGUGGCAAGAUGCUGCAGAUUAACAAUGACCCGCAGUAUUUUUGGCAGGUCUUCACUGACCUGAAGAACAUGAUGGUUCAUUAA